AUGAAUCCAUUUAGUUUCUAUAUCUCUUAUCUUAUUUUGUUUCUACUCCAAUCUUCAUUUGGAUCUUCAAUAAAGUCGGCUUCCCAAGGUCAUACCCGUAGUCACUGUUCAUAUGGCAAUCAAGCUAAUACCUCAACCUCGGGAACUACAAAAGGAGUUACUUCUCCAAAUUGCAGUCAUUUUUCAGGCUCUAAAUCACAACCAAGUAACUCCGAUUUUCGAUAUAUUAGUCCAAUUCAAACCUCAAAACCAGUUGUAAAUACACCCUACUAUAAUUACUUUUUAAAUUCAGUCAAUGGAAAAUCUUUUAAUCAGUCUCUUAUUAAUAACAAACAUAAUUCUGAGCGAGACCCUAAAAAACCAAAUACAAAAACUUCAUACUAUCAAUAUUAUCUAAACUCAAUCAAUGGUAAACCCGGUAAUCAACCUUAUACUAGUAAAUAUUUCGGAUACAGGCCUAGUCCUUAUUUUUCACAACAAUCUAGUUUCAAAACAACAGAUAGAAAACCUCUUUCUCCUACUAGGCACACAUCUUCUAAAUUUAUAAUUCUUAAAUUGCCAAGUGAUACUAGUAACAAAAUGAAUGAUAAACCAAGAAAGGAACCGUUUAUUAGACCUAAUAAUCAUCCUAAGAAAGGAACUUCUGAUGAUCAAAAACCAAGUAAACCAUCUGGAAUUCCAACCACUGAUUUAAGUAUAUUUGAUAAAUAUCCAUUGGACAAUUAUGAAAAAAUCACUAUCCAUUCAAAGGAAAUCCAUGAAUUUAGGCGUGUUAAUCUUUGUUGUAUUUUCCUACAAGAUAUUUUUGAUUUGGCAUCCAAAACGAUUUCUAAUAUGUCCAAGUCUUGGACUGGAAACUCUGAGUUACUUGAGAACAUGUUAAUUCAAGCCACUACAGCUUUUUCCACAAUUUAUUCUUCACUAUAUACAUGCAAGUCUAAGCUUUUGCGUUUUGAUCCAAAUAAUAAAUUUGCACUAAAUAUAACUCCUGGACCAAUAAUUGAUGAGAAAAAGGUUUUAAAUUGUGAGAAAGAUUUAGUGGUUCAAGACAAGAAACAAUUCAAAAGUGCAUUAUCUUCCAUUCGUAAAAUUAAUCAAGAAAUUAAGAAUAACUCCAAUUUUAUUACUAAAGUUACUAAAAUUAAUUAUAUGGACCAGCAAUGCAAAGAAUUUGUUCUCAAUUCUUGCAGAAAUGCAUUAAUUGAAAUUCUCAAAAUCGAGUCUAAGAUUUUAUCUAAUGAAUUAGAAAAGACUCAGCUUGCUGUAGAUAUUUAUACAGUAAAUGAGUUACUUGAUGAAUCAACUCGACUAGAUUUUGACAAGUAUGUACUGAAAAAACCUAUGGAGGUGAAUGAGGAUGAGGAUGAGGAUGAUGAUGACGAGGAAGAUGAUAAGAAUGUUGCUUAA